AUGCGCACGUUUGAAAAAGCUGUACGAGCCGUCCAUAUCGAAGGAAGAAGAUGGCAAGAUGAGUUAGAUAUUUUUCUUUUGAAUUACAGGUCAACGCCGCAUUGCACAACUGGUAUCAGUCGAAAAAUUCGGAAUAAACUGCCAAGUGUGGAACGGUUAGACCCAUGCCCUGAGACAUCGAAGACAACCAUCAGUGAAAAAGCUAUCAACAACGACUCUAAGAGAAAGGAGAAGAUGAAGCAAUAUGCGGACAAACGGAAUCAGGCAAAGAACAUUAAUCUUCAAAUAGGAGAUUAUGUCUUAGUCCGACAGCGAAAGAAAAAUAAGCUAUCUACACCAUUUGGUAAAACGCCAUACAGAGUAACAGAAAUAAAAGAGACAAAGAUCACUGCGACUAGUAAAGAUAGCGGCAACAUUAGCAGAAAUGUUUCAGUGUUUAAACAAAUCCCGAACCCAAACUUUGAACCACAAGAUCAAAUUAUCAAGGAUUUUCAUGGUGAUAUGCCUAACACGGAAUUGACGCGCAGAUAUCCAACUCGGAACAGAAGAAGUCCAGAAUUUUAUAAUAGUUCACGGACAUAG